AUGACAAGUGAUUCACUUUUCCAAAUUGCCGUCACGGAUAAUGACGAAGGCCAUGUUCUGGGAAAUACGUUUCUUACUCAAGUUUCGGGGCUCUUGAAACAGAUACGCGGGGUUAACAUUGCGGUCGUCAACUCCAAUACGCCUAGUCAGUUUUCUAUACCUGCCUCCGGUUCCAUAUUCCAAGUGCUUUCGACGCUUUGCACCGCAUUAUCAACGACAUCAAGACACCGUGAAGCCGAAACAUUCAAGUACGUGCUAGCAAAAUGCAUGGAUUCGAAAGCGUUUGGUGGGCUUGGGUUCAGCAAGCAGUCAAUCGUGGAGGAAGAAGAUCGCAGCAACGCCUUGUUUCUUGUCGAGGUGUGGCUUGAGGCCUUGAACUCGCAAGACCGGGUCAAUGAUAGUCCCUCGACCAUAGCAACGAAAUCCCAUAGAACGAAGCCGAUGACUCUAUCUGAGAAGAUAUUUGCACAUCACACUAUUGGGGGUUGCCCAGUAGAGGGCUUGAAAGCAGGAGAUGUGGUUCGUGUUUCUAUCGACUGGGUCAUUGCAUCAGAACUUACAUGGACGUAUAUGUACAGAACCAUGGAAGAGAUCGGAGCUGAGAAGAUUUGGCGUAAUGACAGGUUCUGGCUUGCAGGCGAUCACGUUGUGGACCCACGAGUCUACAAACAACCCAAAGUCAAAGCCUUGAUCCAGGCAGUUGAAAAGGCCAACAAGGAUUACAAAAUGACUGAUUACCAAGGUCUGAAUUAUACAAUCAUGCACACCGAGUUCGUGCGUGAGCGUGUUGAGCCCGGUAUGUUGAUUCUCGGGGCUGACUCGCAUACGUGUUCGUCUGGUGCAGUUGGAUGUCUGGCUAUUGGUUUAGGAGCCGGAGAUGUAGGUAUGGGACUUGUGACGGGCGAGACGUGGAUGAAAAUCCCCGAGUGUAUCUUGAUUACGUUUACUGGAAAACCGGCAUUCGGCAUGGGUGGGAAAGAUGUCAUUCUAUAUAUCCUGAAGGAGCUGAAGAGAAACACUGUCGCUGCUGAUCGAAUCGUUGAGUUUUCCGGGGAUGGAUUGAAAUAUCUUUCCUGUGAUGCCAGGUUCGCUAUCGCGAAUAUGUGUGCUGAGCUCGGGGCCGUGUCUGGUAUCUUCGCAGCGGAUGAGAUAACUUACGACUAUGUCUCUCGACGUCGCCAGAAGACACAUCGCUCACACUCUCUUUACUUUCAAGCUGAUGCCGAGGCCGUAUACGCUGGUAAAUACACUAUCGAUCUGUCCAAGAUUGAGUCAUUCAUUGCUCUCUAUCCAGCUCCCGACAACGUUGUACCAGUAUCUGAGAAAAAGGAUAUGCACCUGGAUGGGGUGUUCAUUGGAGCUUGUACGACAACAGAGGAAGACCUAGUGCUCGCAGCGCUAGUACUACAAGUUGGGUUAAAGAAAGGCCUUCCACAAGCUAAAGGCCGCAAGCACGUCGCGCCAGGAUCCCUACCCAUUGUAGAGAAACUGCGAUCCCUCGGCCUUCUCGAAGUCUAUGAAGCAGCCGGGUUCACAAGAAGCCCGCCAGGCUGCAGUUUCUGCGUUGGGAUGGGUUCUGAUAAAGCAGGAGAGGGCGAGACAUGGCUCAGUUCGCAAAAUCGAAACUUCAAGCAUCGUAUGGGGAAAAACGCACUCGGCAGUAUCACUUCUGCCAUUGUCGUAGCGGCAUCCAGUUUCAGUAUGACUGUUACAGAUCCUGCUUCAUUCCUUGCCGAUAUGGACGUCGACUUCUUCCGGAGCUAUAGAAGUCUCUCAGAGUCGAUAUUGAAGCCUGUGCUAUAUGUAGAACCACAUACUGGGCCUCUAGAGCUACCAUCAGCCAAUCCAGUCCAAGCAAUCCCUAAACGUACAGAGGAAUUCCGGCCACUUGAAAAGAUUAGUAGUAAAAUCGUCGUCUUGGGGGAUUUUAUUGAUACCGAUGCUAUCGCACCCUCCGAGUUCCUCGUCGGACCAGUCCCAGAUGAAGAACUGGGAUUACACUGUCUCCAGUACACGCACCCAGAUUUCCGUGAAAAGGUCAAGAACGGCCAACGCAUCGUCGUGGCGGGAAAGGCAUUUGGCUGCGGUUCUUCACGCCAACAUGCUGUCGGCUGUCUCAGUGGAGCUGGUGUACAAGCCGUAAUCGCCCGUUCCUUCUCCUUCAUCUACGGCCGCAACCAGCCCACGCUCGGCCUCUUAGGAAUCACCAUUUCCGACGAAGCCUUUUUCACCGCCGCUACGGAGAACGCUGACAUUGAGAUUGAUGUGCCCAAGAGAAAGAUCUUCGUCUCUGGUCAGGAGUUCGGUUUCGUUCUGGCGGAUAUGGAGUAUCGGUUGACGAUGAAUAAGGGUAUGAAUGAGGCGUAUAAGAAGUUCGGGACUGCGAUUUGGGAGAAAUUGACGGAGAAGAGUAUAGAGUCGAAUAUUGAUUUGGGAGGCGUGGAACAGGAGAUGCAACCUCUUGAUAAUCGGUUGAAGUGGUAG